AUGGAAAGAGAACUCGAGGCCCAGAUGAAGGAUUCUCUGGCAGAAUCGCAAGCACUUCGAGAGAAGUUCCAGGACGAUCUCGAGUGCAUGCAACAAGAUGCACAACGACGCCUUGUGGAAGAAAAGGCGAAAUGGAAAGAGCACAUACUUCGCGCGGAAGGAGAGAAAGCCGACGCCAUCCAACAGGCGGAGUUCCUCCAAGAGCAGCUCAUUACGUCUGCCAACGAGGUCUGGAUAGCAAGGGAGCGAAUAUUUCAGCUAGAAUCGGAGGCUCAAUCCAUACGCUCGAGUCCACCGCAAGUGGUCGAGAGAGCCGAUCCAGCAGCGGUGGCCGAAGUCAUGCGACUGCGCGACAAGGUAGCUGCUAGGGACGAACAGGCCAGACGAGCACAAAGAGCUGCUGCCGAAGCUCAAGAGGCGGUGGGCAGGGAAUCGGCGAUCAACCAGGGUUUCCAGCGAGACGUCGACAAUGCGCGGCAUCGCCUUCUCACCGUCCAGGGCUCCCUCGCGGAGCUUUCGGAAGAAAAUGCGGGGCUGAGGCGAGAGCUCGAGAACGAGAGGAUCAAGACUGUCGCCGGCUCACGGCGCUUGGCGGAUGCCGUCGAUCGCCAGGACAAUGCUCUCGCCGAAGUCCGCCGUGAUUCGGCGCAACUACGGGAGCAACGUGACAGGCUUGCUCAGGAUUCAGCAAUACUCGGUAUCAAGCUCCACCAGUUGAGAAAGAAGCAAGCAGCACGUCGCCUCCUUCACGCGUUGUACCUAGCAAGGCAUCGCUCGCUGGCCACGGCCUUACGAGCCUUGGUAGUUCGGGUCACGAACGACAUCCACCUGAAAAAGCAAACCCGUCAACAAGAGGAGCACGCCUCCGAAGUCGCAUCCCUAGAGGCAGACGUACAGGGGGCAGAGACCCGGUGCAGGAACGCCCGACGCGGCCUUGACGCUCUUCGAGACUCUCGGGAGACCGUAUCCCGGUUGACUGUCAAGGCCUGUUGGCGACGUCAUCAAGGUAUGGUCAUUGCGGGCGCUGCCGCGGAAGAGGAGAAACCAGGCGGUGACGCCUCCGCCCUUGUGGUGCGGUGGUGCUUUUGGGGCUGGGCAAGGGUCGCGCAGGGCGGGUGUACGGCCGUGGCAAAGAAGGCCCGGAGGGUGGAAGCGGAGAAAGAGCUAGCUGGAGCCAGGGAGCUGUUGUUGGCUGCUGACGAGAACGCCCGAUGCGCCGAGGCUGAGCACAAUCAACACCUGGCAACGGCGGAAGCCCUGGCGGAACAGAUCAAGCAGCGCACAGCUGAACUGGAAGUCGCGCGCACUGCUCUAGGCGCCGCCAAAAGCACGGCGUCGUCGGCUAGGGGCCGCUGCAUCCGCCUAGGCGCGGCACGCGUGCUCAAAGUCUUGGAACGGAAUCGGCGCGACCGUCUUGCGCAGACCUUUUCUUGCUGGGUUGAUGCUGGACGAGUGUUCCCCGUUGUCCCAUCAACCGAAGAGGACAUCGCCUCCCUUGGUCCACAAGAAGGCCGAAGAGUUGUUUCCGAGACAUGCGCAGGACACAGGCAGGGGCUGGCACAACAACAAGGAGAUGCCCUAGCACGGUCACGAGAUGGUUUUGGACCGCCAACAGCCGACAGCACGACUGAUCUUUGUGCUCUGUCAACCACUACUUCGGGCGGGAGGGGUGCGCAGGGAGGGAUGCACACGGCAGGUAUAGACGAAGACAAGGGGUUUGUCGUGGCGUCGACAGAGGACGAAGGAGGCGGGGCACAUCUCGAUGCGCUGCCCUCUGUCGCGGCGAGCAAUGACCGGUCAAGAGACAACAGAAGAGACGCUCACACCGAUGGCGUCAACGAUACGAUGGCAAGCAACGGAAACACACCGGCACCACUCGAUGUUAGCUCGAUUCCUUCGACCCCGGUGACUGCUUCACACAAACGACCAAGCAACCAAGACCAGCGCACACCAAGGUGUAGCUCCCUUUUCGUUGACGGUUAUCCUUCUCCAGGUAGACGAUCCACCACGUCGCUCAGCACUGCUUCGAGCAAACCAGCUGCCAGCAAGUCUAGCAUCAGCGGUGCUUCCAAUCCCGUCUCGGGCCCUGGUGGCAGCGGCUGGCCCGCGAACCCAGACCUCCCUCGACUGGUGCUAUCCUUACGGGCAGCGGUCGGGGAGGAGCUCUAUGCCGUCGGCGAGCGUCUCCUGCGGUGCGUCGAGGCCGACUACCGCGAGACCCACGGCAGGUCGUACCAUCCGGUCCCGAUUACGCCGGCCGAACGCGAGCAGUUCCGUGUUUGCCUGGAGGACGCCGCUCGGGGGCGGCUGAGGCGUGCGGUCUUGACCUUCUUGCGAGUGCAGGAAUCGCACCGUGCUGCUGCCGUCGAGAAGGACCGUGGCAAUGUAGAGAAGACCCGACAAGGGCGACGAGUCAGGGUGAACGGUUGGACAUGUGGUGGUGGGGGCGGCGGUGCUGGUGGUGGCGGAUGCCUGCGUGGCGCGAGGCGCAAGAGCGCGCGAAACGCCGAGGAGGGACAAGAUGGAAUUUCUUCCUUGACCACUGGUCCCUUGUCAACUACUGCGGAAAAAGCGAGAGCUGCCAGAGUACUGCGAGAUCGGCUCGUUCCACUUCUAGAAAACGCUGCCGACGCGUGGGGCCGCCAUCGCCAGCCAUGGCAAAAUACGCCUCGCGCCGUUGGGAGGAGAGCAGCAACAGAGAGCGAUAAAAGUCGCUUUCAGCGGAGAACAACGGUCUCAACGAGGCAGAAAAACAACCCUCAUCGCCUCCGGAGAGGCAACGGCGAUGAGACGGGACUGUCGUCUCCUGGUCGUGGGAGGUUGUGCUGCCUAGACUCGGGGGCAGGGCCUCGGAAAUUCUGGGAGGCUGUGGCGGGCCCUAGGCUUGUCGAGGCCAGUUGGAACGUGGACAUUAAGGCGCUUGAACAACAACUGUGGGAUCUCGCGAUGCUCGUGAGGGGGCCAGACCUACGAAGGCCAUCGCGGGCGUCACCAACGGUUGGCGCUAAACCGAUGCGAGCUUCUUCGAAGGACCCUCGAUGUACGCGUCUUCGAGGUGCUGCUGUUGUACACGCGGACUCGACUGAUCUGGGACGGCAUCGACAACGAUGA